GGCAGUACUCUCAGCGCGAACUGGACGCCGUCGAGGUCUUCUUCUCCCGCACGGCUCGCGACAACCGGCUGGGGUGCAUGUUCGUGCGCUGCGCGCCCUCCAGCCGCUACACGUUGCUCUUCUCGCACGGCAACGCCGUGGACUUGGGCCAGAUGUGUAGCUUCUACAUCGGCCUGGGCUCGCGCAUCAACUGCAACAUCUUCUCCUACGACUACUCGGGCUACGGCGUGAGCUCCGGCAAGCCCUCCGAGAAGAACCUCUAUGCCGACAUCGACGCCGCGUGGCAGGCGCUGCGCACCCGAUAUGGCGUGAGUCCCGAGAACAUUAUCCUCUAUGGGCAGAGCAUUGGGACUGUCCCUACCGUGGACCUGGCCUCGCGUUAUGAGUGUGCAGCUGUCAUCCUCCACUCUCCGCUGAUGUCUGGUCUGCGUGUCGCUUUUCCGGAUACCAGAAAAACAUACUGUUUUGAUGCUUUCCCCAGCAUUGACAAGAUAUCUAAAGUCACCUCUCCUGUAUUGGUUAUCCACGGUACUGAGGAUGAGGUCAUCGAUUUCUCCCAUGGCUUGGCGAUGUAUGAGCGCUGUCCUCGUGCUGUGGAGCCCUUGUGGGUUGAGGGGGCUGGGCACAAUGACAUAGAGCUCUAUGCACAGUACCUAGAACGUCUAAAACAGUUCAUAUCUCACGAGCUUCCCAACUCCUGAAGAUGACGGCCGACCUUACCUCAUUACUGUGAAGCGAGGAUCCUUGUUUGCACACACUUUGACUGGAUAUAACAGUGAUGCCCAAUAACCACAGAGAAGGGCCCAGCCCUUGGGGUGUUCUCCUUAAAGAGCUAACAAAGUCUGUCUUUUGUACCUAAUCUCCACCUUCCAUUAGGCUGAGCAGCUGGGGGUCUCAGCUGCGUGACCUUGCAGGAGUGGGAACAAGAGCUGACUGUGGGGCCUGUUUCCCAGCGUCCGUAGACUAAAGUGUGAUCAAGUCUGUCUCCCUCGCUGUCACCUCUGAUUCCCCAACCGGUGCAGGAUCACCCUCUCACCCAGGUGCCAGUGUUUGACUGCAGCACUCUCCGCUCUGGUGCCGUGGGUGAGACCCGUUUGUGAAGCUAUGGUAGUGUAACUGGAAACCUGUUGUGAGACAUCCUCCAUUAGCUGUGUUAACACGCCAGUCCUUCCCACACCCAUGAACUAUCGCCAACAGCUUCAUCAGCUAUAACCAUAUAAAUACAACUGGAAUAUUCUUAAACAACAGGAAACUGGGGUUUUUUAAGUGUAAAUUUAUUACUAGCCAAGAGUUUUAAUAUUUUGACUGUCUGGUUGGUCUAAUAAAGCCUGGCUGACUCUCCUUCUGUAAAGUCCUUCUUGUCGGCUUUUUUAAAGUCCUGUACAUAUUUGCAAUGACAUUGUGCACAGAUUCCUAAUGGGUAUUUCCUUUAGUCAGGCUUCAACAGACUGCAGAUUCCUUGUUUGUAUUGUAAAUGAUUGAAUACAUUUUGUUAAUAUGUUUUUAUUCCUAUGUUUUGCUAUUAAAAUUUUUAUAACAUUUCCAAGACAAAAAUUCCAAGUUUCUGCUUUGAAGAAUUUAGGUAAUUAAAAUUUCCCUAAGCUGAUUUCUUAGUUUAGGAGUUAUUGGGUUUUGACACUGGAGUCGUGCCAGGUGAACAUCAGAAAUGAGAUGCUUAAAAUUGCUACACUACUUGUAUUGGUUGGGGGAUUGGGUUUGGGGUUGUUUGGUCUUAUUUUAGUUCUUUUCCUUUUUCAAAUUUAAAAGCCUUAAAUGUACUGUAAGCCUCAGAUCGUUGUACAACUGGAUUGCGUUGGUUGCCAGUUUGUGUGCUGUUGCCUGAAUGUGGCACGGUGGUUGGUAAUGGAAUAAAGGACGCAUGGAUCAGAA